AUGGCCGACCUGACCCCGCACGGCCCCGGCCGCUGGGGCUCCCUCAGGCUCGGCCAGCGGCGUCCAGGCGGCUCCUCAGGGCCUGCGCUGGCUCUGGGAAGAUUGGAUAUGAACGCCCUGAGGUCCCGGAGGGCCCAGGAGCGAGCAGCCAUCAUAAUGCAAUAUGAGCAGGGACGCCGAGGAGCGGCACUGGUGCAGCCUGAAGAAGAGGACGAUGAGGGCGGCUGCCUCGUCCCAGACAGGCUUGGGUUCCUGCAUGAGCAGAAGUUGCCCCAGGACAGCAUCCCGGGGGCCAAGCGUACACAGGUGCGCAGGACCCAGAAAUGGGUGAAGAUGAUCAAAAACUAUAGUAAAUACCACGGCAGCAAGAAGUUUCAGCGCAGAAUCUAUAAGGGCAUCCCUGCCCAGGUGCGUGGAAAGGUGUGGGCUGUGCUGCUGGAGGUGGACAGGAAGAAGGCCCAGAAUCCAGGAACAUAUGAGGAGGUGGGCUACAGCCAGGGCCUGAGCCAUGUGGUGGCGCUGCUCCUCAUGUACAUGCCCGAGGAGGACUCUUUCUGGGCCCUGGUCCAGCUCAUGCAAAACAGGAAGCACGCGAUGCACGGUUUCUACAAACCGAACUCCCCAAAACUGGAGCGAUUCCAGCACCACCUGGGAGACACCGUGCAUCGCGUGCUCCCCUCCCUGGAGAAACACCUGGAGAAGGAGGGUGUGUGCCUGGAGGACUCCACCGCCCACUGGUACCUCCAGUGCUUCCUGGAGGGGGUGCCGUUCCCCCUGGCUCUGCGGAUGUGGGACGUUUACAUCUUUGAGGGCGAGCACGUGCUCACCUGCAUGGCUUACACGGCCCUCAAGAUCCAUCGCAAGCGCCUGCUGAAGAUGCCCCGGGACCACCUCCGGGAGUUCCUGCAGGUGACCCUGAAGCAGGCCUGGUCACUGAGCGAGGACGCAGUCAUCAGGCAGCUGCGGGCCUCCAUGCGUGAGCUGGGGAAGCACCAGUGCCUCCUGCCUCCCGAAGCCAAGGCCAUCGAACGGUGCGGCAGGCCCCUGGGGCGGGCACACGUGCCCCAGAAGCACCUUCCUGCCCCCACUGCUCCGAAGCCCAAUAUGGCCAUUCAGGACACAGCGGCAGUGUGGGAGCAGACCAGGGGUCCCCCUGCCUGUGCGGUGCCGAUUCAUCCUCCAGAAAGCUUUGGCCUCCGCAUCGCCGUGAGGGAAGGCAGCCCAGAGCCCCUCGGCCUGGGCUCCCCUGUGGGGACCGCAGAGUCUCCAUCUGUGGGCAGCCCCACGGAGAGCUCGUGGGGGAGGGGAGGCCUGUGCCAGUGCGCCAGUCUCCCUAACCUGAGCGGGCCAGGGCCCAGGGAGGACGACUCCUCCGAUGAUGGCAGCCGGGAGGGCCUGUGGAUGUGGGCUCCUCCACAGGCCUUGGAGCCCCCGGAACCAGGGCCCAUGCAGGCCGUCCCAGCCUGGGGGCCACGGCUGAAGACUGCCCCCUACCGGCAUGGCAGCCCCACACAGUCUGGGGACAGUCAUGGGCUGGAGCCAGCCAGAGCCAGCCCUGGGCUGGGAGACCAGGCCUGCGUACCCUCCCUGGCCCGACGCCGACGCCUCCUUGCCUCCUACUCCAUGGGGCACCUGGAUGAUGGGUGCCUCCUACAAGAAAGGCCAAGCGCACAAUGCGUCCUGCCCAGGCUGGGCAACAGCCUUCCGUGCGUCUACACGGCAUCCUAUAUACUUGAUUGA